AUGCCUCUUUUCUCUCUCCGCCUUGCCUCUCCUCUCUCCCUUCUCCCCUCGCCCCCUGUCCUUCCCCUUCGUUUCCCCUCUAACCGCCUCACCCCUCCCUCUCCCUCCACUCCCCCGAUCCCUCCACCACUCCUCAACCCCCACCCGUUUUCUACCCCCAUCCCACCGCUCCUCCACAUGCAUCACCGCUUUGCACCGCACAGACAUAUCGAGCGCCAUUCUGCCAGGCAUGACAAUGGCAGAGCUCGGUCCACCAGCGCUGCCGCCAUCUGUGCUGACGCGCUCAUCAGCGCCCUCAAUGUCGCCGGCUUCUCCUGUGCUGCUACCCCUGCGGCGACUGAGCUGGAGGAGGUUGUCAUGGACUGGAUGGUGGACCUGCUGGGGCUGCCCCAUGGGUUCCUAAUGCGGCACCACCUGGCAGGCGUGCACCUGGCGGACUCACUAGUGUCCAACGUCCACAAGUGGCUGCUCACCAGCUUCGACUGCUGCUGCAUGUGGACGCAGGUAGUGCUGCAUGUGGACGCAGGUAGUGUUGCAUGUGGACGCAGGUCGCUGAAGUUGUGGAUGGUGUUGCGCACGUAUGGGGUGGAGGGCAUCCGAGCUUACAUCACGCGCCACGUGGCGCUUGCUGAGUGGUUUGAGGAGGCCGUGCGGCAAGAUGAGCGGUUCCAAGCCGAGACGCACAGGCAAUUCUUCCUCCGCCUGUCCACGCCCCUAUCACCCACAACUCCUUACGUUCCCCUCUCACUCUCUUCCCCCACUCCUCUCUUCCCUCCCUCCCAUUCUCUCACCCUCGCAUGUAUGCAGAUAGUGGCGAUGGGCGAUGAGGAGAUGAGGAGGAGGGGCGUGCAUAAGAGUGGUGGAGAGGGGAGGCCCGCCUGUGUUCCAAGCGGCAGUGGACGAUGGACCGUGCACCGCUGCCUUGCUGCCACCGGGGAUGCCCUGCUCUCGGGCAAGGCACUCCAGGUGAUGAGGCAGCAUGGGGAGUUGUGGGUGGAUGGCAAUGUUGCCACCGCUUCCACUGUUGGUAGAACCGGUAUAGGCAGCAGCAACGGCGGUGGUGGUCUCCCUGGUGGCAGCAGUGCUGGUGUCACGAGAGCAGGUUCAUGGGACGACCAGGGGUCGCAGAGGGACUGA